GCGGCUGAGGAGGAGCGUGUUGGCGGGCGGCGGCGGCGGCCAGCGCGAGGCGACGCCAUCGCGGCCCCGACGGGCGCGGAAGACGCUGCGGUGGUGGCGGCGGCGGCGGCGGGUGCGGGCCGCGGCCGCUGAGCGAGCUGGGGGCCAGCGCCGGGGGUCGCCGCUGCCGCCGUUCUCCUCGUCCUCCGCCGCCGCUGCCGCCGCCGCCGCCAUUUUGUGAGAGUGCCUCGAGCGGGCGCCAUGUUUGUAAGGAAGAAUUAGGGCAGCCAUCUCCGGCCACCAGCACCUCCCUUCCCCCGUGUGUGUGUCCUCUCGUUCUCCUGUGCCCCGGGCCUGCUCCUCCGAGCCGCCGCCGCUGCCGCCUCCUCCUCCUCCUGCCCGCGCGGGGCGGCCGGGCUCAGCCUGUGCAGCCUCGCCCUGCACUGAGUGCCCGUUAGUGUCUCACUAAGUAACCGUGAGUGAAACCUUCAUCAUCUCUCCUCACUGAGGGACCCGACCCUCCUCCUCACCGAGCCGCCCCCAGAGCGGCUGUGCGCGCCGCCGCCGCCGCCACCUCCUCCUCCUCCCUCCGCACCACGGGCAGCGGCAGUGUCCUGCCUUCCUCCACCUCCCUCCUCCUCACCACACCACAGCCAGCACAAUGGCCUUUGAAAGCCUGUUCUCCAAACCCCCAAACCCAGUUCUUGACCCAAACAUGCCCGACUCUGACAGGCAACAUGCAGGGGACGAAAGAGAAGAUGGAGAGCUCGAAGAUGGUGAAAUAGAUGAUGCAGCAUAUGAAGAUGUGAAAGAACAUGGUACAAAAGGUGAUGAUAAACAGAAAAAUGAAAAAGGACACAGAAAAUCACGGAAGAAACGCAAAAAAGAAAAAGAAAAGAAAAAAUCAAAAAGGAGAAGACGGGAUAAGCAUAAGCAUAACUCCCCUUCCAGUGAUGACAGUUCAGACUACAGCCAUGACUCUGAUAUUGAGCGUACAGAAAGGCCACAUAAAAAGAGUAGCAGCUCUUCAUACAGAGAUUAUGAUUCUUCAUUCAGUCAGCAUGGGCAUGUAUCAGGAAAUUACAUGAGUUCACAGAAAAUGCAACAUAAAAAAAAUAUAAAAAGUAAGGAGUAUGAUGACUAUAGUCAUUACAGUGACGAAAACUUUGGUAAUUAUAAUGAGGAAGAAAAGGAUGAAGAUUUUGCUGAUCAGCUUAAACAAUACAGGCAAGCUAAAGAGACCUCCAGUACUGACUUAGGACCUCCAUUCCCGAAAGAACCAGUGAAAAAACAGGGGAUGAAAGGGAUCCAGAAAGGUAUUUCUCAAAGAGGUAAUAAUUACAAUGUUGGUCGAGGGCGUGGAAUGCAAAAGAAAUUGAAGCGUAAAGAUCGUGGAAGGGGAAGAGGGGGCAAUAAAGGAUCUGAUGGCUUUCAUGAGGACGGCAAACCAGUGAAGAAAUGGGUUAAUAUGAGUCAGGAGUUCAUAAAUCAGCAUACAGUGGAACACAAAGGCAAACAAAUUUGUAAAUAUUUCCUCGAAGGGAGGUGUAUUAAGGGAGAGCAGUGUAAAUUUGAUCAUGAUGCAGAGAUUGAAAAGAAGAAGGAAAUCUGCAAGUUUUACAUACAGGGUUACUGCACCAAAGGAGAGAACUGCAUUUAUUUGCACAAUGAAUUCCCUUGCAAGUUCUACCAUACAGGAGCAAAAUGUUAUCAAGGAGAUAAGUGCAAAUUUUCUCACGCUCCCCUGACUGCAGAAACAAAAGAGCUGUUGGAUAAGGUUUUGAAUACUGAGGAGGAGCCACAAAAUGAAGAUGAGAAAGAGCUGGAGGAACUCAGAAAGCGUGGCAUAGUUCCUCUCCCUAAGCCACCACCAGGUGUUGGACUUCUGCCAACCCCGCCAGAGCAAUAUGCGUUUUCUGAGUCCGAUAUAGAAAAUUAUCAAGAUCCUUCAGGAGAAUAUAAGAAAAUUCCAUCUCUCUUUGAAAUUGUUGUGAAGCCUACUGUGGAUUUAGCACACAAAAUUGGAAAAAAGCCACCAACCUUCUAUAACAGUGCAUCACCACCAAGACCACCGUUUCAGGGAAACGACCCACAUUCGCAGCAUAUGUAUAAUCCAGGUUCAAGUCCAGGGCCAGGACCGGGCAUGUCACAGGGACAUAAUGGGCCACCAAUGCACCCAGGUUCUCCUGGACAUCAUCCAUGCACGGGGCCUCAAGGCCCAGGAAUGCCGCAGAGUCCUCCUAUGCAGGGUGUUCCACCAGGCUUUCUUGGACCGCAGAACCAGACCGGUAUGCCUAUGCAAGGACAGCAAGGUGGUCCACCUCUCACACCACCGGGUCUUGGUGGAUCUUACAAUGCCCCAGGAGUUCAAGGACAUAUGGUGAAUAUGCCAAGAGAGAAUCAUUGUGCUCCGGGGCCACAAUACCAGCAGAUUCCUGGUGAACGGCAGCCGAAUAUGAAUUACGAGCCUAUUCAGAACCCAGCUGAUUUCUAUGACAAUUACUAUUCCCAUCAAGCUGUACAUAACUUCCAGCCAGCUAAUAACUCUGGUGAUGGGACAUGGCAUGGAGAAUUUACAGAUCACCAGGGUCACCUCAUGGCUCAAGAGUCGCAUCAAGGUGGAAGUGAGUCGGACUGCAUGAGUAGCCAUAUGGGCCAUAAACCAGCAAUUAACGUACCAGAUUUUCUUCCGGCAAUGCAGAAAGCCCUUUAUGUAAGACUUAGUCAAAAGCAUCAAAGAGAUGGAGACUCUGUCAGCAGCCAGGGUCAGAGGGCAAUGAGCAAAGAUGAAGAUGACAAUGUCAACUGGUAUUCCAGUAGUGAAGAGGAAGAGGGGAGCAGUGUUAAAUCGAUACUAAAAACCCUAAAGAAACAGAGCGAAAACUUUAGGAAUCGGCAACAACAUUCCGCAGAGCAGCACAUGCUUGGUAUUCCUACUGAUCCGAGGCUGGCAAAAGAAAAAGGCACAGGGCCUCAGGCUGCUGACCCGAGACUUCGGGCCUCCCCGAGGUCCAACCCCAGAAAGCCUUCGGAAUCUGCGUCCUUGGACCCACGGCUUGUACGAGAUCCCAGGAUGCACAAGGUCAGUGAGGGUGGUCACGCCAGCUCGUCCCUUGGGGGAGCAAAGCUAGAUUUGCACCACCCGCACACUGGAGUUAAAGUCAAGCAAAAAGGGAUUGAUGAUGAUGAAGAGGACUCAGAAAGAGAACUGAGAGAACGUGCUUUUCUGAUACCGUUGGAACCUUUGCCUGGUGUAACGUUAAGGGAUCCCCGAUCUCAGCUUAGGCAGUUCAGCCACAUUAAAAUGGAUGUUACCCUGAUGAAACCAAACUUUGCUAAGCAUAUUGUAUGGGCACCUGAGGACUUGCUCCCAAUACCUUUGCCUAAACCUGACCCCGUCUCUUCAAUCAAUUUACCUCUUCCUCCACUCAUUGCUGACCAGAGACUUAAUAAACUGCGGAAUUUGAAAAAUGAUCCCCAUCCAAAUGCAAUGCCAGCUGACCCGCGACUAGCUGCAAAGGCGAAAAACAACUUAACGGGCAGGAGCAGCUAUUUGGAUCCAUCUGCGGAUUCGCAUGCCAGUAGCUCAAGCAAAUUAGGAGAUCCUCGCUUACAAAAAAACGUUGAUCCCAGACUCCACAGACUGUCGAGUGCAGAUACGCAUCAUGGAGUCGCAAAGGAUUCACACUCUCCGAAGUUUGACCCCCGCCUCGCCAGAUCUGCUGCUGGCUCAUCGCAGCCAUCGGAAGCUGCAACUGCUAAGCCUGACCCAGAUGCUCUCCCUCCAUACGCACCCAAAUUAUCCUCGAGCGGUGUUAGGCUGGGAACUCCGGGCUCGAUACUGAGCGGUAUUAGUUUGUAUGAUCCAAGAGAUCACAGCUCAUCAUUGGAUGCAGCUCCAGCUAGUUCAGGAGAGAACGGAGAGAACCAGAAAAAAAGUAUUUUGAAAAAUUCUGGUAAAAGUGAACCCAGUCUCUCAGAAGAUACAUCGCUGCAGAAGGCUGCCUCAAACGUGGAAAAAAAUACAGAAGGAUCAGGAGAAGCUACUUCAGAUAAAGCAAAUAGCACCAGUAAAUCUCAGGCUAAACACUCCAGCACUGCACCUGCGGUGCAUAAUCUUCCUAUCCAAGCUUUAUCGGGAUUAAUCAGACCGCAGUACAGCGACCCAAGGCAGGUUAGACAGCCUGGACAGGUAACUCAAACACAGGAUAAUGAUCCAAAUGGGGAAUCAGAUGAUAAGUCAUUAAAAGAUGUUUUCAAGACUUUUGAUCCAACUGCUUCACCGUUUUGUUAGCAAUUGAUUUUAAGUCUUUUUACUGUUGUGAAUAUUGCAGUUUUCUGCUGUUUUGUAACUGGUUUACCUCUUUGCUUUAUUUAUUUUUAAAUUAUAAUUAUCAACACUUUUCAGCUGCUAAUCUCAGAACCACAUGCAGUUAUACAGUAUGCUAUAGUGUUUGCAAAGCUGUGGUAUUUUCUAUAUAAUACUUUUCCAAUUUCAGGGAGACUAAUAAUUGACAUGUAGAAAAAACCCCCAUGUAUUGUGUUAGAGCUGAUAAAAGCACUUUCAUUGUAAAUAAGUCAUUAAGAAAGUCCGAAGACCUGUAUAUGUGUGAGCUGUCUCUUUCAUAAACAACAUUUAGAUAUGAUUGCCACAUUUGUAUGAUUGUAUAGAUACAAGCAAUAUUAUGUACAUUACUGUGAGAGACACUGUUUAACAAGGAUUGUCUGACGCAUCAAGCCAAACCUACUAACUGAUUUAAAACCUACGUAAAUGAUUUAAAAGGAAAACGUUGAUCCUCCUUUUCAGAUCAGUGAUGUAAGACAUUGACAGUUUUUAUUCAUGCAGUCAAUAUUCUUAGUGUAAAAGAGACCUAUAUCGCAUAUUGAGGAUUAAAAAUGUCAUAUCUUUUAAAAGUAUUUUAUUCUAUGCUGUAUAUAGAAGAAAUUGUGAAGUACAUAACUAGAAGAAAGUUACUGUUAAAAGUGGAGAAUACCUAAGUUGUCUAAUACAAAAAAAAGGUUUUUAUUUAAUUUUUUCACGCAUACACAAUUCUGAUUAGUGCUAUAAGUUACAUUGUGGUGUUCAUGUAUUUCAAUGUAUUUUUGUAUUCAGCUGCUUAAUUUGUAUUGCUUUUUUUGUAUUGAUGUAACUGCAGUACUUGUAUUCAUGGUGUCUUUAUGACAUUUUUAACAAAAAAAUUAAAAAGGGUACAGUUAAAGUCUGGUAAUGACUGUGAUGUUGACAUGUUGGCAGCUAGUUCAAUGUUGGGGAAAGAACAGUGGGGGUGCCUGAAGGAUGAAGGUGACUAAAACUGUUGGGUUUGGUGCAGUCGCUUCGCCGCUUUACGGUCAGAUGGUAGCGGGUUUUUAAACUAACCUUGUACUGAAUCCAAUGGAGUUAGCUUGCUGCGUGGUUCCAAGAUCAGACUGCUGAUUUGGAGAGAGUCGUCAUUGUUCUCUUACUACAGUUACCGGCAUCACUAUGAGAAAUGUCGUGCAUGUUCUUUAAUUUCCGAAGAUGUUGCAUGCCAAGAGCACAACUGUCCUCAAAGCCUCUCUUGUUUUGCCUUUUGGGUUGCUUUUUAUAUAGAGGAAAUGUAGUCAUACCUAGCUAGUUACGUUUACAAUAAAAAUUUGCCGUCUGCUCAA